GGAGAUAAAUCAACUUUAUUAGUAAAUCUUUCACUCGUUCCCAUAAUGGCUGGGCUCUCACUUUGUACAGCUACAGAACUAAGUUUCAACAUGGUUGGAUUUAUUUCAGCUCUUUUAAAUAAUGUUAUGGACUGGUGAGUGAUGCCUAGUUUAUUUCUGCCGUUACCUAGCUAUUGAACUGAAAGGUCCUUAGAAGUGUCCCAAACAUACAACUUGAAUACUCACCUAAGAAAAGAGCCAACAUUACUGGUGGUUUCCUCGCGAAAUGACAUCCAACAAAUGAAUGCAGAAAUUUCAACUGCUGGUGUGUCACUACGCAGAUCUGGGGAGUGCAUCUUAUUGCCUGAAGCCAAUUUCCCACACAGAAUGACCAUUCAAUCAGAUAGUGACGAUGUCAUAUAGGUGGGAUUUCUUGCGUUCUGGUAUCAUUUUGUGGGGAAACCUGACAUAGUGAAAUGUCGGCUGUUUCCUCAACCUUGUCCCAGGGUGGCGGGUAGGAGAGAACCCUGGGAAUGAGGUUGAGACUGAUAGAACUCACUUUAAAAGAUUUCCUUUUACUCUCUUCUGUGCUCUCUAUAAUAUAUAGUGAAGGUUAAUAGAAAGUUAUGAACAACAACAACAACAACAUUUCGAAGAAGGUUGCUGGUUACAGUGUUGCCAGUUUUUGUGUUACAUUAUCAAUGAGCAAGGAAUUAAACUCUGGACUGCCGAGGGACAAAUACAUUUACAUGUUGUUUUCAAAGUUAGACUUGAACACAGGAUUGCGAUUCCAGUGUACUGACUACUCGGCCACGCUGUCACUUCUCCCAGGCGAUAUAAGCCUAUCAGAAAUGUAGAAUUGUUUUGAUUCUAAUUAAUAAUGAUUAUUAAAUGAUUAUAUUAUUAGUUGUAGUAAUAAUAAAAUUAGUAUUAUUGUUUGGUAGUUUUCAGAAUGUAUUUUCCAAGAAGCUUCUAAGUAGUGAGCAUCCUUAUAGGUAAGAACUCAUUUGAUAGUCUGCAAGCAGAUGUUUGCUAUAUAUUACCUUUAAGCUGCAUGCAUUCAGGUGCAACAAAGGAAAUAGCUAGGAGAUUUCUGCACACAGGCUUGCUCAUAAUGUUGAUCAUGAUCAGCUUUUUCCUUCUAAAACAGCAAGCAGUCAAGUCUUAAAACUUGACAGCUUCAAAACAUCUAUAUUUUUUCCAUUGGUCAUGAGUGAGGACAUUGGUCAAAAUGAAAAGGGUGAGGAGUAAAACAGAAUAACGAUUCCUUCAUUUGUAGCCUCGCAUGAAUAUGUGUUGAUUUUUCCUGUAAAACAGCUUUCAUAAGUUAUCAUGUGAUGAGUGCAAAAACUCGUGUUUGAAGUGCUGCUGUUUGUUGUUUGACUGAACUGAGUUUUGAGAAAGUUCGGCGCUAUCAAAUCGUGAGUCAUGAUUGGCUUAUGGUGACUUUAAAGAGAAGACAUGACUUGAUCACGGUACUAAAAGGAAUUAAGGGCUUAUUAGAGAGGUGGGUGUGACUUAAUAGAGGAUUUACAAUUUAGCGGAAUUAUUUAUACGCUUAACAUAAGUUAAUUCACAGUUUUCUUUUUCAGUCCCCCAGAACUUCAGUUCUAUACAAGUGCUGCUGCAAUUGCUGUUCAACUACCUUUCUGGUUCUUUAUGGUUAGGUUUUGCUCAGUUAUAUAGUAACAGUAAUAUUUAUGAAAGAAAGCAGUUUAGAAAUCCUGCUAACCAAACACUUUUAAACAAGCUGGUUAUGUAGCCAAUCAAGAUUUUAGUUCAAAGGCACAAAAUUAUUGGCCGUUAUCACACUAGAGAUGAAUUAUCCGUCUGAAACGGGUUAUCCAUUGGUUAAUUCGCACCAGACAGAUAACACAACUUUAAUUAUCUGAAAAUGGAACGGUUUUAAUUUUUGAUGAACAAUCUGCCUUACUUUAUCCAUCUGUUCAUCCAGCAAUUUUGCUGGAUUUUGAAGAUGGAUAUCUGUCUCUAGUGUGAAAGCAGCCAUGUUAUUGGCCUUGAAAAGGGUAGAUUUCAUUGUGAGUUUUAAUUUAGAUUUAUCAUUAGUAUACCUGCCAACUUUUUCUGAGAUAUAAGCGUGAGAUUUUUAUCCUUGGAACGCUGGGAUUUUGGAAGACGACACAAUCAUUUCCGAAGAUUCCCGAAGAAGUCUGAAGUCUUUCGAAGAUGUCUGAAGUCUGCCGAAGGCGAAGUUAUUGAGAAAACGCUUGUCCACAAAAUCAGAGAUCGCGCAGAAGGUAUUGUCAUUUAUUCAUUUUACACAUGGUUUUCACUCCUUACAUGGGUCUGAGUUAACAUAUUUUUGGAAAUUGUGUCAAGCAAGAUGGCAACAACUCACAUUUUUCAAUCAGGUGUCAGAAAUUGGCCCGCAAGCGUGAGCCGGCAUGAGAUCGAAGUGUUCAAUCCAUAGGCGUGAGACUCACGCCUAAGGCGUGAGAGUUGGCAGGUAUACAUUAGACUGCUUGCAGUCCAGCUAAUUGCUCUCAGUUCUUAUUUCACUCACUGUGAUUGCAAACAAUCAUCGGACGUUACAAUAAGAGAUUUAAUAGGAUAAGUUGAAAAAAGACAGACUGUGGACUCUUUUGUAACAAACAAACCCACUGUCAGCCCAAAAAUCGAGUAGCUGAUUGGUCAAUUUUAGAGCUGGUAACAGAUCAUUGACUGGUCUGUUACCCAGGUUAAUUGGUUAAUGAAAUUAUCUUGAAAGCUUUGGUGUCCCCAGACAGAGUGAAAGAGUCAACAGUCUCUUAUUUUUUCUUCUUGGGAUUAUGCACUUGUUUGUUGCUCAUGUGCAUGUCUGAGGGCUUUGCAUGGAGAAUUUGCAAAGGAAAAUAAGACACAACUUUAAUAAUAAUUAUUAUUGCAGUCUAAGAAAUCAUUGUGUUGGUCGAAAUUCAAAUCAAAGGCAAUAAAAUUUAACAUUGGACUUAGUUAGGUUAGAUUGCAUUGUUAGUUGUAAACAUUUAUCCUUUUUUGUUUAAUUUUGUUCAAGGAGUGGCCCAGUGAAGUGAAGUUGACAGAGGACAGAUUUUUGAUAUUUAUUUUUUUAUUAAAUGGAUUCAUGUUCUACAUGCAAAGCCUUACAGCCUUUGGACUCAUGUCACUGAUAUCACCAGUUACAUUCAGGUAUGGAUUUAUAAAUUACUUUCUGCCAGUUAUCAUAAAUAGUUUACAAAGCAAGGCUAUUUGUCAUAAUAAUGACAGUAUUCCCAACAGUCACCAGAAAAUGGCUUUAUUAUACAGGCUGUCAUUGUAAUGACAACAUCACAAUGGUGGAAAUCAUGUAAGGUGGCCAUGGCUAUUAGUGUAGAUGUUUAAGGUGUUAUAUAAACCCUUGAAAUGGUGACCAACAUCAAUUUUCUCCUAACGAUAUCCAUAGAUUGUCAAGAGCAAAGUCUAUGCGAAUUAAUAAAAUGAUCACAAAGAGAAAACUCUUUGAUCUUUUAUCAAGUUCUCCCAACUAAUUCUUUAAGGAAAUGUAUAGAGAUAAAAAAGUCUGGAGAAUUUGUAAGUAGAUAUUAGGGCUUGAGGGGUUAAUACUAGAUAGUUUGGUCCCCUUAUAUACUCUGCUUUUCAAAAACUUGUGAACUCUGAAGUUUGAAAGCCGCCUUCAUGAAAUACAUAGAUUUCACUGGGAAUUUGACUGUGAUGAUGUAGUUAUCAGGCUUUUCCCUGCUAUUUUUAUAAAAGCUGUGGAAAAUGUUACAUGAAAAUGAGCAUCACUUAGGCCCUUCUUCUCGGACCCCAAUUUAUAAUAAUUGUUAUAAUAAUCUUAUCAGCACCUGAGUAUUUGUAAUUUUGAAGCCCAAGAAAGCAGCUGACAUUUUGCAAUAUGCCACCAAUGGGUCCCUCGCGAAAUUGAUGUCUGAGGAGUGUGCACAGAAAUUUCAUACUGAUGAGGCUGCUUCUGAUUGGGGGGGGGGGUACUUUAGGAAUUUCUGGGUGGGGAUGUGCCGCUGGGACCCUGGAACCCUUAACCUAUACUAGAGUACACUCCCCAAAUCCCCCCGAUCCAGGAGUAGCUGUUUUCCAGAAACUACUGAGGUCACUAGCACAGUAGUCUAGCCGAAACAAAACCUUAUACCGCAAUCCCUAAUUAUCUAGAUAAAAUCUUCAACCAACUGAUCAUUUUCCUGAAAAAUAAUACCCUAUUCUAGACCCAAACGCUCUGAUUUAUAUACCCUAUCCUAGAGUAAACUGCUUGAAAACCAUACCCUUCACAGCGGCACAUACCUAUAUAGCCCAUACAUGGCAGUACCCCCCCCUGGGCUUCUGAUAGAUUGAAAAUUUGUUUCAACCACAGUGUCUGAAAAAUACUACCCAGAUCUGGGUAGUGAUGAUGAUAUGCGUGAUCACUAUGGAAUUUCUCUGCUCAUUCUUCACGCUCAGAUGUCAUUUCAUGAGGAAACCAGCGCUAGUGAUGCCACAAAUUGUUGACUGUUUUCUCAAGAUUAGUAUUUUUGUUGUUUUAGUGUAUCCAAUACAGUGAAGAGGGCAGUUCUGAUUUGGCUGUCAGUGCUGGUGUUUGGUAAUGAAGUCAGUGUCCUUGGUGCUGUCGGUACCAUCAUGGUCACAUGUGGUGUCUUCCUUUACCAAAAGGCAAAGAAUCAGCAGAAACUCUUCAAAGAAAAGGCAAAAGCAGAUAAGGAACAUGAUAUUGUGUGA